AUGGCAGCCUCCCACUCCCUCAAAGCGACAGCACCACCCGCAACGCCCCUCACCACGGCACUCACCACCCACCUCGCCUCCCUCCUCCCCUCUUCCGUCUCAAGAGACAGUCUUCGUACCUCUGUCCUGCCCCAUCUCCUCACCGCCAUUGCCGCCACCUCCACAGCCCUCCGCAACGCUCAAGACGUCUCCCUCGCCGGCUCCUCCAACUCCUUCGGCGACGACCAGCUCAACGUCGACGUGCUCGCCGAGGAAGCCAUCCGGCUCUGCCUCGCGCAAUGUCCCUCGGUCGUCACAGCGAGUAGCGAAGAGGACCCCGUCGAGAAACCGGUGCAGCACACCGGCUUGCCCUUUCAAGUCAUCGAGGCCGAGCAGGAUCGCACCCACGGCGAGGUUUAUACCGUCGCAUUUGACCCGCUUGAUGGAUCCAGCAUUAUUGCGCCGAAUUGGACGGUGGGAACGAUUCUCAGUCUGUGGGAUGGGACGACGGCGCUACAUGCCAGCCCGAAGAAGAAGCAGAUCGGUGCGGUUCUGGGCGUUUAUGGACCAAGGACCACAGCUAUUGUGGCGUUGAGGUUGCCGGGGCAGGAAGGGAAGGGUGUCUGCUUCGAAGUAGGCCUUUCAGGGUCUGAAGGUGGAAGGCAAGAAUGGGAUCUCAUCCGCCCUGACGUCUCUUACGCGCCGCCACCUUUCAAGACGCGGUACUUCGCGCCUGCGAAUCUGCGCUCGACCAACACUCAUGCGGCUUAUGCAAAGCUGAUCUCGCAUUACAUGGCGGAGGACUACACGCUGAGAUACUGCGGCGGGUUGGUGCCGGAUGUGGUGCAUGCGCUGGUCAAGGGUCACGGAGUGUAUCUGAGCCCCGUGACGGAGACGAGCAAGGCAAAGUUGAGGAGUUUGUAUGAGCUGUUCCCGUUGGCGUUGGUGGUGGAGUGCUGUGGUGGACGGGCAGUUGACCCGGUGACCGGGGAGGAUAUCCUGGGGGAUAAGGGGGUGGAGGGAUGUGAUGAGCGCGGUGGAAUUGUCUGCGGAACGGCGGAGGAAGUUGAGUAUGCUAAGGAUGUAUUGUGCGGUUAG